AUGAAUAACUUAUGGUCCCUCUUUGGCAAGGGAACUCAGGUCAAGCAGGCCGAAGCUGGAAAUGUCCAAUCGGCAACUAGUGAUGGCUUUCCUGUGCCAAACCACACCCUCUCAUACUGGCGAUCUGAGUUACACCCUAUAGACUCAUACUGCUCAUCCGAGGAGCUGCCCUCAGAAUGUGAUAUUGCCAUAAUCGGAGCUGGCAUGACCGGUGUCAGCACAGCCUACCACCUCUCACGCCUACAUGCUGCAAAAAAAUNNCUAGGAAAGAAAUCAUCAAUCGUUAUUCUCGAUGCUCGUGAGGUCUGCUCCGGAGCCACAGGACGAAAUGGCACAGNNGGCCAUUGUAAGGUUCAAGCGUUCACUUUGCGUAAAACGAUGACAACGCGUGGGUUGGAUGCUGCUAAUGAGCUUGCUGCUUUUGUAUCUGCUCAGAAAUAUCACAUGAAGGACGCAGUGGAUAGAGAGGGGCUGAAAUGCGAAUUCGAGAUGCGACGCAGCUACGAUGUCUUUGUUGAUGAGGGAGAAGCAAUCCUGGCAGAGCAACUAUAUCGUACUGCCUUAAAAGAGGGCUACCAAUGGGCGAGGGACCUAGAUUUUGUGGGACCUGAAAUCGCUGAGCAGGUGUGUUAUUUCUACCCAUCCCUCGAUCGAUUGGCCGAUGCAGGUAUUCACAAGCAAAUAGNNGUCACAUCAAUCCAAGGUGCAAAGUCAGCCAUCAGCAUGCCUGUCUGCAGCCUCUGGCCUUAUAAGUUCGUCACACAGCUCCUCUCACGAUUGGUCGAUUCCGGAACGGUGACUUUAUUCACACAUACUCCUGUACUAUCCAUCGACUCCUCUGAUACCUCGUCCACUGUCCUUCACACGGCUCACGGCAGUCUGACGACCCGAAAACUCAUCUUCGCCACCAACGCUUAUACUCCAGCGAUCCAUCCAUUAUAUAAAGAUGAGAUUAUUCCCUACAAAGGAACAGCCUGCCAUAUCGCACCUGCAAAACCGAUCUCUCCACACCUGAGCCAUACCUAUAACAUUUAUUAUGACCAUGCAGCAGACCAAGCCACAAGAGUGGACUACUUGAAUCCAAGACCAGACAGUGGCAUUGUAGUUGGCGGCGCAAAGUUUCUCUUCGAUGCUGACAAGGACUGCUGGCACGAUACUACGGAUGACAGUACACUUCUCCCUAACGUCCGCCCUUACUUUGCCACCUACAUGCAGUCCAACUUCAAGGGUUGGGAGAAGAGCAAUGCUAAGAUUACACAUCUAUGGACAGGCAUUCAAGGCGAAACAAAAGACGGCUUUCCUUUUGUGGGUAAAGUUCCUGGCAAAGGGAAUUGGUUCAUUGCCGCUGGUUUCAACGGAGGUGGCAUGUCAUUCAUAUUUUCCUGCAGUGAGGCAUUGGCAAAAAUGGUAGACGGCAAGACGUACGAGGAGACUGGACUGCCAAAGAUGUUGGAUGCUGAGAGAACGGCAGGCUAA